AUGGCAAGUUAUCUCCCUGUUGAGAAUGGCACCCGGUCGUUUUGGCUGAGUGCAGAGACUGAGUUUGGCUCUACAAGGACGACAGAGAACCUUCCUUCAGAAGUCGAUGUGCUGAUCAUUGGUGGUGGUUAUUCUGGAGCCACCACAGCGUACUAUUUGUUGAAUGGAAAAAAUCGGCCAGAGUCUGUUCUCCUGCUCGAAGCCAGAACUCUGUGCUCUGGCGCUACUGGAAGAAAUGGAGGCCAUUUCAAGCCAAGCUUUUACAGCUCGUCAAUCUCUCACACCGAGAAGUACGGUCAGAAAGCCUGUGCUGAUAUCACGAACUUCGAAAUGGCACACUUAAAAGAGUUGAGAGAGGUGCUCGAAAAAGAAAAGCUCGACUGUGAGUACAUUGUCACCAGAGGCUGCGACGUGUACACGUCUGAAAAGGGCGCCCAAAGGGCAAUUGCAAAUUUCCACCACAUGAUGGAAAAUCCAUACGUUGAAAAUAAACACGAGUUCCAGCUGCAUGUCGGCGACCGCGCAAAAAUUCUUUCGAAAAUGCCCGACGCGCGUGCUUGUGUGACGGGACCAGCGGGCCAAAUGUGGCCGUACAAGCUGAUGGUUGCAUUGUUGGAAAUAUGUACCACCAAGGGACUCAAUAUUCAGGCCAACACUCCUGUCUUGAGCACUGAAAAGCAAAAGAACGGAAAGUACUUGGUGCACACCGAAAGAGGCGAUGUCAUUGCCAAGUCUCUCGUGAUAGCCACCAAUGCGUACACGGCCUCCGUUGAGCCUCGUUUUGAGAACAAGAUUGUCCCCAUCAAGGGCAUUUGCAGCCACAUUAUUUCGUCUGGGGCCAAAGCUCCGGCCCAUCUGACCAAUUCCUACGGACUUCUCCUUCCACAGAACAGUGAUUACCUCAUCAACAGGCCUGACGGCUCCAUUAUCCUGGGAGGUGCCAAAGAGCACCUUUUUCCGUAUAAGGAGCGUUUCUACAACGUGGUGGACGAUAGCACUCUGGUUCCAAAUGCAGAAGACUACUUUGAAGGAUACAUGGAGAAGAACUUUUACAGCUGGCAGGAAUCGAAGUCAGCCGUUGCCAAGGUCUGGAGUGGUAUAAUGGGUUAUGCUGAUGAUGGCCUGCCAUAUGUUGGCGAGCUCGAGGAAAAGAAGUUCAUCCUGGCCGGGUUUGGUGGCCAUGGAAUGCCCCGGAUUCUCCUUUGUGCAAAGGCUGUUGCCAAAUAUAUCAAGGGCGAAUCCAGCGAAUUCGAAGUUCCUCGUCCAUUUUUGGUUACUCCUGAGAGAAUGGAGCGGACAGAGAACGGCGUUCUUGCAUCUCUACAAGCUGUUGUUGAAAAAUAA